CCCUACCAUCACCGCGACCAUUGUCCUUCGCCCCUCAGCUUCCUCGCCAUCUGGACAGCAUCUCACUCAUCUCCCUUUCUCUAUACCACGACGUCGACGACUGCCUCCUGCCAGCGCGCUUCAGCGAGACUCGCGUCCAGUCUCGGGGUCGCAUAGCCUCGCACAGCCGCUGCCAUGUCCUCCCUCGCCGUACCUGCCCCCAUUGAGAAAGCUGCCGGCUCCAACACCUCCUCAGGCCAAUCGACGCGGGACGCCUUCAAUGCUGCACUGCGGUCUCGCAACCCACAAAACAAUUACAUAGCUCAUCUCAAGAUAUGGGAACCUGUAGAGACGGAGAAUGGCGCGCCUCCUGCCGCUGGCCCAGUUCGGAAGGCUCGCUACCUGAUCCUGGCAGUGCAGCGUGACACAGGAAGGGUCACCGUCAACAAGGCCAAGAGAAACGCCAAUGGUAGUUUCAGUAUUGGCAAAGAUUGGGACCUCAACACACUCAAAGUUGUCGAGGUCAUCGACCCCACCACUUUCUCACUCACCCUCUCCCGCCCUUACCAGUGGACCACUGAUCGUGGCCGCGAACAGCACCUCUUCCUCUCCUCCAUGGUCAACGUGUACCGGCGGUAUACUCGCAGUUCUUCUGGUCCUCGAUGUAUCGGUAUUACGGUAGAGGCACAGGGCAGCGGGGCCUCUUCCGACAGGCUAGUGUCACCUAGCUCUUCCCAGGACAGGCAGCCGGAGCCAUCGCUCUCCCCACCUACAGCGAGCUCACCAUCCAAGCCAACAGACUUCGUGCCUCCGGCACCGCUGUCCAUCGCUCCUCCGAAGCCGUCUCGAUCAGGAACGGCCGACAGUACGCUAGUAUCUCCUUUGUCGAGCAGGCCUCCACCAACAUCGUCUCCUUCACGCCCUCAACGAGUAGCUCAUGACCCUAUUGCGCAAAGUCAGGGGGUUGAGGAGGCUGCACCGGCCCCUCCUGUCGUAGAGUCCCCGGCGCCCUUCUCUGCAGCAUCAUCCUCAAGCCUGCUGUCUCCGCUGAAUCGUAGACCGACCAUACAGAGGGAGACCUCGGCUGGACCAGUUCUGCAAAGAACGCCGAGCUCGUCACUUUCAAUUGAGGAGGGGGCCAAGCCCGAGUCAAUGCAGUUGGGAGUCGCUUCAGCCAGCAUGUCGAGGAGUAGGAGCUUCCAGUCCGCAUCUAGCGCCGGGUCGGCAAAAGACACAUUGAGCGACAGACUGGCUCGUGCUGCAUCCGGCGCGAAGAGCGGAUCCUCCACGCCAACGGCAGGCAGGCCCUCGACACCAGAGUCAGCACCUCCUGCUAGACCGCCGCCUGCUCAGCCUCGCGUGAUGCCGCCGGCCUCUGCUCCGCCUGUAACCAACAGCAUGACGGACUCUCAGUCUGCGUACGUCUCACCAUCAAAGCCAACGUUGGAUCGUAGAUUCUCAAUUGCCCCAACGAAUAACGCUCGUGCCCGUCUUUCGGCUGUGGAGCCAAUCGCUCGGGGAGGCAAAGCGUACGAGAAGAUGCUGUUGGCCGGGACUGGUCUGAAGAGUAUCGGAGACGAGGACGAGGAGGAAGAGGAGGAGGAAGAAGAGGAGCUGCUAGACGAGACUGCAGGAGAUCUUGGCCGUCUCAAUGGUGACAAUCGCAACGGCGGCACCACGGGAGAGAACGGCAUGAGCAAGUCUUAUCUCCAGGUGGAGCCCAUCGGCCGGAAGAACACCCUCAAAGCGAGCAAAAGUCUUACUCGCAAAGCCACAAGACGUCAAGGGAAUGCCCAUGAGCGGCAAGCUAACGGGAGCGGCGCCAAUGAAGAAGGCGAGUCAGAUGAGGACGAUGCGACUCUUGUCAACGUCGAAGAGCUGCUAGAGGGCAUUGAUUUCCGAGCGGUCAACAAAGAGUCUGGCAGAACGGGAUUAGCAGCAAGGGGACUUGGCAGUGGUAGUGCUUACAGCGGAGCGCUGAGCCGGAAGGGCCAAGGAACAGCCGAUGUCAUCGAGGCCAACCUUUUGUCCGAAUUGGAGGCUCUUGACUCGGCCAACAUCCACUCAAUCCUGACUGGAGAUGACCGUCUAGCCUCUGUGCUGAAUCAUGUCGAUGCAGCGCUAGCUCAGCUAGACAGCAUCGACUCGCUCGUCGCCUCCUUCAAGAUGUCGCUCAACUCGCGGGCAGAGGACAUCAACUUUAUCGAGGGCCAAAAUCGUGGUCUGCAGGUCAUGAACUCUAAUUGGCGAGCAUUGGAGAAGGAGAUCGAGCAAUUGCAGCAGACAGUCAAUGUGCCACAGGAGGAGGUGACGGCCCUACUUGAUGGGACAUACCACCUUGAUGGAGCCAUCGAGAGUAAAGAGGCAGCCGCUGCCAGUCUAUACAAGGCCAUUUUGCAGGCCAAGACCAGCCAGAUGGAAGAAACCAACGGUACGGCUGGCGUCAAUGGCAAUGGCUCUGGUGGUGGCAUGGCUGCCACAACUGAGAGACUCGACGAGUACUCAUCGAUCUCCAACGCGUUCGGUACCAAGUCUCUCUCGCAUCUGCAGACCGUCUUCACUGAGCUCACUACAGUACUACUGAGCGAUCCGGCGAGGAAGGCGAUGCUUCAGCCUCCUCAUCCGAGAUUGACUUCACACGAGGUCGUCGAACAAGCGCUCAGUGGUUACUGUGGGCUGAUGCUGUAUCUGAAAGAGGUCGAGCCCAGGACAUUCGAGCGAAUCUCCGCCGCAUACCUCACGAGCGCUGCUGAGCGGUACAAUGCAGAGUGUAGCAGGUUGGCAGCAGUAUGGAAGAUGCUCGUGAGGAAAGCUAGCGAGGACGAGGAUGGAAUGGCGUCCUUUGUGCAAGAUGUUCAAGUAGGCGCCGUGACCGCCCUGAGUCGAGCAACGACAGUGAGGCGGUUGGGUGGUCCCGCUGCCAACAGAAAGGGCAAGAGCGGAGGCGCAGAUGGCGAAGUGGCUGGAGCAGAAGCAUUUGGUCAUCUGCUCUUCACCAUCAUUCCCCUGCUCAUUCAAGAGACCCUCUUCCUCUCCGACUUCUUGCAUCUCAACCUGAAUGGUCUGACAUUCGCCGACUAUAUGGACUUGGAAACAUACUUCCGUAAGCGAGCUGCAGCUCUCUUCGGUGAGGACUCGAAAGAGCGAAGAGGUGGGCUCAGAGAGAUGAAGGGAGCUAUGGACCUUGUCUUCGGCUUCCUCGUGACAGAAGUGAAUGGCUUCCUCGAGGAAGUCGAGAGGCGGGAUCGCUUCCAGAUGGUUGGAGUCGUUGCUGCUCUGGAUGGCGCUCUGAUGGAAGCGGAGCACUCCGGCAACGACUUUGUGUUAAAAACGCUGAACAAGCUGCAAGGCAAGGCUACUGCGAUCCUAGAACGAUUCUUUGCCGAUCAGCUGAGAGCCGCAGUGGUCUCUGCUUCGAAGCAGCAAACCUUUUCUGCCCCUACCUUUAGAGGCAAGCGCUCAGGCAGAGGUGGUCUGACCGCCGCCGUCAGGAUUGCUCCCCACUUUGUGGACCGCAUUGAGAGCCAGCUGGGGAAUGCGCAGCACCUCAAUGUGCGGUCCAUCGUAGAUGGCUUCUACGCCCGGAUGGAGAAUACCAUCAUCGACACUCUCCUCUCGCUGAAAGUUGAGACGACGACUGCCACGGGAGGGCAAGACGAGGACAAGGGCGCAAUGAAUCAUCAAGUCCUUCUCAUUGAGAAUAUGCACCACCUCAUCCAAGAGUCGACCAAGCUCCUCUACCGAGCACCUGCCCUACGCGCCCUCGUUGCCCGCGCCGAAAAGGUGUAUGAGGACAGUCUAAGCCACUACACUCACUUUGUCCUCCGCAGACCUCUGGGUAAGAUGAUGGACUUUGGAGACGGGAUCGAUGCGCUCCUCCGUUCCACGCCGGCCAAUGAAGUCUCCCUUCACAAUGCCUACUCCAAGUCCUCCUUCCGUAAGCUGGCAAAGGAGCAUGGCAUAAAGGAUCUCCGCAAACAGGUAGACGCACUCUGGAAGCGUGUCCUCAAACACUUCAACGAAGAUGAGAAUGAGAAUUUCACACUCGCCUCUUCUACUUCCUCAAGAGGUGAGACGGGUGAACUGGUCACGGGUCCUGCAGCAGAAGAGGAGGAGCGCAGGGCCGUUGUGGGGAAAGUCUGGAGGCGCUGUGAGCAUGACUUUGUCAGGGAGAUUGAGAGGACGAUGCGCAUACAGGACGAAUGCUACAAGGGUGCUGGAGUUGGUUUAGAGGUCAAGGUGGACGAGGUAGUGAGACUGUUUGCUAGAUGAAGGAGAUCACUACAGAUGGCAAAAGUAGUGCAAUGUGUAUAUGUUCCUAGUUCCGCGAGAUGGCUCACUUUCGACGGCAUUUCAAUCGAAUGUCACCUUCUUGCCCGCACCAGCUCCACCUGCCAAGGAACGAGCAAUGAGGUCCUCCCUCUCCUUUUGUUUCUGCUUGGCCAACCAGCUCGGGUGCAUCUCCUGCUCUUGCUGCUGCUUCUCCUGAGUCUGGAACCUCACAGGAGGAGCGGUGCUGGGCGGACGUCGAUCGCCUCCCCUCGCCACUGGCUUACCUCCCCGACCUGGAG